GUUAAGCCUAAACUCGUGGAUAUUGCGUUGGUUGGAAUAUCGAGUAUCGAACAAAGUUCAGUACAACAAUAGCAAGUGAGUAGAAGUUUCUAUCGUCUCAGGUUUCGUUUAUUAAACGUAACCGUACUAGUUUAAUAUAGCAUAUCGCAAGUUAUUAUUCAUCAUGGACAUUUCGCAACAAAAAAGGAUCCGUAAGGUUAUUAAACAAAGCAUAACAAGACAUUACAAUUUUGCCUUUGGUAGUGAAGCUCAAAAUGCAACUAUUCAUAUUCUUAGACCAAGAAUCACGUUAUUAGAUGAUACGUGGAAAGAAUAUCUUAAUACAGUAUAAGUAACAAUAUAAUCAUGUUUGGAACAGAUGAACAAUCAACAGCUCAAGAAAAAGAUUAUGAAGAAGUAGAGGAAAAAUAUAUUCAAGCACGAUCCAAAUUAUCAUCAUUAAUCGACGAAAAGGCGCCAAUAACAGAGACAUCAACACAGGCAUUACCGAGACAGUCGAAUGCAUCAUUUGAAGGGCAGGCAAACUCCGCGUCGAUAAAAUUACCAAAAAUUGAACUACCAACAUUUGACGGAGAUUAUUUAGAAUGGAUCAAGUUCAAAGACUUAUUUUCAGCAAUAGUGCAUAACAAUGCAACUUUAACAAAUGCACAAAAACUUCAUUACCUAAAAUCAGUUUUAAAGGGAGAAGCCGAACAACUCCUACACUUCAUUGAAGUCAGUGAAGGUAAUUAUACAGAAUCAUGGAAGAUACUGCAAGAUAGAUAUGAAAAUGAACGACAGAUUAUUAACAGUCAUUUUAAGGCUCUUUUUCAACAGCCACGUGCAAGGACUGAUUCGGCUAGUGAAAUCAAACGACUGCUAGACACUACUGUAAAACAUGUCAGAGCAUUAGCAGUGUUAAAAUUGCCGACAGAUCAUUGGGAUCACAUUUUGGUUUAUACAUUAAGCAACAAACUCGAUGAUGAAACAAGAAAACAGUGGGAAUUAAAGGCUACAACGACUACAUUUCCUACAUUCAAUGAGUUGAAGCAAUUUCUGGAGCAGAGAUAUCGUGCUCUAGAGAUUUCCGUGAGCAAUAUGUGGAAACAAAGAACACAACAAAACAUAGGAAAACUAUCAAAUACACUCAAAGCUCAUAGUGUGACCGUUUUAAGUUGCCCAGUUUGCAAGGAGGCGCAUCAUGUUUUUUACUGUCCAGCGUUCCAGAAACAGAACGUGAAAACUCGUAAGGUCACUAUCAAGAAUGCUGGACUCCGUUUUAACUGUUUUAAGGGUAAUCACUCAGUGAAAGGCUCAUCAAACGCAGCAUCUUCUUGUAUAACAGCGAAUUGCAACACUAGUGAAGUGAUUAUUACACACCACGCAUCUGAAACUCAACAAAAAACUGUCUUGUUAGCGACGGCAGUAGUAAAUGUGAUUGACUCAUUUGGAACCAAACAUAAAGCUAGACUACUACUAGAUAAUGGAUCGCAGUCAUCAUUUGUUAGUGAAGCGUUUGUUCAAAGAACAAGAUUGUCGCAAGAAACUGGAAAAUUAAGAGUUAUAGGUCUGGGUCAAACAGAUUCUGGAGUUACGAAGGGUAUAGUGAAGCUACAACUUCAGUCGAUAUAUGACCAGUUCUCUUUACAAAUUAACGCAUUCGUAUUGCCGAAGCUUACAAGUAUUCUCCCAGCAGUAAAGGUUAACAUUUCAGACUGA